AUGACCCGAUCGGACUCUCUACAGCAAUAUCAUCAUCACGACCCUCAAAGACUGUCGCGGCCCAUUUCAUCCCCUGCAGCUCCUUGGGAUGGCAGGGGUAGUAUCACUGAAGAUGUACAAGUCUAUCAAGAGGGUUUGGACACCCAGCCUAGCCGUAUAAAUGGGGCCAAUUACCCGUCGCCCUCACCUACCAUUCGCAACAUAUGCACCACAGAUAUCCAACAAGGAUCUACUCUUUUAAAACGUCUUACUGAUAUCUCAACCCUCGCAAAUCUCGCAGAACGGUUCGUCCAAUCACGGAGCCAUGGGACCCCAAUCCCAGUUCUUCUGGCACAAACGGUCAUCACAUCCUUAGCAGAAGAUCCUUCAAUCGAAAAAAUGAGCACCGGAGAUCAAUUGGCAAAGUCAAUUAUGAUCACUGGGAAUACCUGUCGCGAACUGGAACUGGGGGUAUAUGUAUCUCCUGAUAGCCUCUGCAAAAGGUUCACAGGGUCUGCAAUACGCUGGGAGGCGCUGGGGCUCCUAUUCACAUGGGUCACGCUUGCUUUGCUACACUCACCAACGGAUGACAGGGUUGCUGCAAAUUUCAUAGCGACUCAUGGUCAUCAGACGUGGCAGCGCCUCGGCGACCUGGCCACUGAAGCCCUAGACCCGACCAUAGUCAAGCCUGGCGCGGGGAACCGAAAGGAUUUUGAAAUCCCACUUGAUAUUGAUGACGAUGCACUUCUUGCAAAGGGCUUUCCUCGCUCAGAAUCGCUACAUUCGCGAGUCAAUGAUUCUAAUCAAUCGGAUUCUGUCUGCUCAGCUACAUAUAUCCGUGCUAGAUAUAUCUUGGGCGGUUUUCGAGAUGAGCUUCUUCAACUGUCCCAUGCAGUGUCUUCUAUCAAUAGGCUCCCAAAGCUAAAGGAUUUAUCUUGGCGCUAUAGGGCCACCUGGCUAGAGAUGCCGAUCAAUCUGCAUCACAAAGACACUGACCAGGUCGAGGCGAUGCCCUACAUGACCUCCUUCCCACAGCUACUACUCUUCUUGGAUUUUCUUCAGGGUGAAUAUCUUAUCUAUAAAGAGCUCAGUAACAUUAUCGAGAGCAUGAGACCUCAGCUUCUCUGGCACUGCAAAAGGACCCUCAAUAUAGUGAUCAGUCUGUUUGCUUUCCCUAAGAUGAGGGCACAGACUAGUCCGCUGGAACGUAUCCGCGUGACCUCUCUCUUCAUAUGCCAGGGAGUAUUAUAUGGUGUCCCAUGUGCCGAGUACCUUAUCCUCACCCUGAAGGAGUACAAUGGAAACAACGGAUUACAUGGUCAUUCACCAUCUCCAGUGGAGCUUAUACGCAAUAUCAGUGCUCUCAUCAGUUCCCUGGAGCACGAAUACCAUUCUGAUGAUCAGCUUAGCCUUCCCUACAUCAAAACGUAUAGGAAUCUGGGGUGUGCCCUUAAUGACAUUCUUGAAUCGAAGGAGAUAUCCGCUCUUGGCUGCGAUACCGGUCCUAGUUCAUCGAUCAUUUCCCCUGGUUCUGGAAUCUUCGGAAACGACAACAUUGGAAGCCAAUCAAUUGACUGGGGGGAUGACCUUGGGUGGAAUAUGCAAUGA